UCUGUGUAUUUGCAAAGGGAGAAGGUCUCUGUUGAACGCCACCAAGGGCUGGGAGCGCAACACCUCACUGACAACCCAUCUGUAAGGGGCAGAAAGAGAGAAAACCACCUUCGUUUUUUUAUUUUAUUUUGAACCAUGAAUUUUAAACUGACGGCAGGCUAUAAAUGAAAUAGUAGAAACGAAUUGAAAGUUUAAAUCAAUGGUACAGGGGGGUAUUAUGUCCAGGACGCCUUCCACCUCAACCCAGGAAAUCCAGAUGGACAUGUUUGACCAGCACGGCUCUCAGGGGAAAUAUAUGAAAAGGAAAAGUCGGUUUAAGCGCUCGGAUGGCAGCACUUCCUCAGACACAACCUCCAACAGCUUUGUACGGCAGGGCUCAGCGGACUCCUACACCAGCCGUCCCUCAGACUCUGACGUGUCUCUGGAGGAGGACCCUGAGGCUCUCAGGAAAGAAGCAGAUAGGCAGGCUCUUGCCACCCUGGAGAAAGCCAAGACCAAGCCUGUAGCGUUUGCGGUGAGGACUAAUGUUGGGUAUAAUCCAGGGCCUAAUGAUGACGUCCCAGUUCAAGGCAUGGCCAUCUCUUUCGAAUCCAAAGACUUUCUCCACAUCAAAGAGAAAUACAAUAAUGACUGGUGGAUCGGGCGUUUGGUAAAGGAGGGAUGUGAAGUGGGGUUUAUCCCGAGCCCAGUUAAGCUUGAGAGUACCCGGCAAUUACAAGAACAGAGAAUGAGACAGAACCGCCUCAGUUCCAGUAAGUCUGGUGGAAGCUCCAGUCUGGAUGUUGCCACAGGUGUCCGGAGACCCACCCCACCUGGAACAGCUGACUUGUCCCUGGGGCUUUAUGACGAUGCUUUGGAUUCGGAUGUUGAGGAGAUGGAGACUGCCGACACCCGUGACCAUAAGGGUGUGGGUGGAAGUGUCACCUCCCCUCAAGGCAACCUGCCCCGCCUCCCUUUCUUUAAGAAGAUGGAACACGUUCCCCCGUACGAUGUGGUACCUUCCAUGAGACCCAUAAUUCUGGUGGGACCGUCACUUAAGGGCUACGAGGUGACAGAUAUGAUGCAGAAGGCUCUUUUUGACUUUUUAAAACACAAAUUUGAGGGCAGAAUAUCCAUCACUCGGGUGACAGCAGACAUCUCACUUGCCAAACGUUCCGUCCUAAACAACCCCAGCAAACACACGAUCAUCGAGCGCUCCAGCACCAGAUCCAGUCUGGCUGAGGUACAGAGCGAGAUAGAAAGAAUCUUUGAGUUGGCUCGAACACUUCAGUUAGUGGCUCUGGAUGCUGAUACGAUUAACCAUCCUUCUCAACUGGCCAAAACAUCACUUGCACCAAUCAUAGUCUACAUCAAGAUUGCCUCUCCAAAGGUGUUGCAAAGGCUGAUAAAGUCUCGGGGUAAAUCUCAGGCCAAACAUCUCAAUGUCCAAAUGGUGGCAGCUGAUAAACUAGCACAAUGCCCUCCUGAGCUUUUUGACAUAAUAUUAGAUGAGAAUCAAUUGGAGGAUGCAUGUGAGCACCUGGCUGAAUAUCUGGAGGCGUACUGGAAAGCUACACAUCCCCCCAGCAGCAACCCACCCAACCCUUUGCUCAACCGCACUAUGGCGACAGCCGCCCUGGCUGCCUCGCCUGAACCCGUCUCUAACCUGCAGGGGCCAUUCCUGGUGCAUGGGGAACAAAAGAGGGAAGGACCUGAACGUGGGAGUCUCCAAGACUACCAGAGCGACCAGAGUGGAAAGCAGCCACUGCGCUCAUCACGCAGCCAGUUGCAAACAACCGGACGGGGUCUGUCACGACAAGACACGUUCGAUUCUGAGACCCAGGGCAGCCGCGAUUCCGCCUACACCGAUGACAUGGAGACCGACCCAUACGAGGAGCCGGACCCAUGUCGCUACCGUCCAAAUCCUGGCCAGCAUGCUCCUCGCCAAGCCUCUUGGGAGGAUGAAGGGGCAGAGCCUGAUCAGGAGAACCUCAACGUGGUCCCACCGCCGACCAAUCAGCGUGGACGAGGCAAGCUGAGAGAGCGCUACUGUCAAGAUGCAGAAGGGGGCGGAGCAACAACCGGCCAUAACCAUAAUCAGGAGGAGUGGAGCAGAGAUGUGUAUAUCCGCUAGAGCAGGUUUACCUGACACGGGAGAGAAAAGAGAAGAUCACCAAUGGGACGGGAUGGGGUGGUUGAAGAGUUGUUGCUAUCUAGAAAUGAUUCGGAUCUGUUUACAACCCAGAGAAACACACAAUCAUUGACAAACGCUGUAUAACUAACACUCACAACAUUCGCAUUAUUCAGACAAAGCUUUCAGCCAUCACAAAUUUAGUUGAAUAGUUUUUGAGGAGGAUCAGUAAAAAAACUUUGUUUUAAUUCGUCUUCAUUCUGUUUUACUUUUGUAUAGAACUGCAUGACUCCUAAUCAUAAUGAGGUUAGUAACCGUUCUUGCUGAACAUUAAACAUGAUUCAGAAUGUAUAACCAAAAUCUUGCAAUUGUGUGUAUGUGUGUGUGGUUCGUAGGUUGGUUGAGCGCGUGUGUGUGUCCUCUGUAGUCUUAAACAGGGUCUUUCUGAUACACAAGAGUCUUGGGGGUGUCCCAACAUUGUCCCAACAGUGCGUGCCAAUAUGUUUGGCAUAUUUUAUUCUAUUUAUUUUAUUUAUUGAGUCUCAAAGGACUGUUUUAGCCUCCUAAAACCUUUACUUUCUUCAGAGCUCCACCGCUGCUAUGUAUUCUUCCGGUCUAGGAGGGGUGCUGUGGUGCUCACUUUAGUUUAAUAGGGCUAAAUGCUGAUGUGCAUCCGUGUACCAAUGCUAAUCCAGAUCUGCUAGUAUUUAAAAAAUGACAUUAAUAUGCAAAUGUAAUUUAACUCCUUUUAAAGACUGAGAAAUAUCGAAAGUAAAUAUCAGUCCAAAACGUUUGAUACCACUGCUAAAGUCUAACAGGUUACUGUGAUCUUAGUCUUGUGGAAAAUUAUUUUGUGUUGAAUUGUCUUCUAUGCCUGUUCAAGGGCUUUCAGCGUUCUGCCGCAAUGUACCACUGCCACCAGAAACAUUUUCUGCCUUAUGCGUACUUCAGUCACACAGUUCAACCAAUCACAAGUGCCAGAAUCUUUCAUCAGGCCAUGCCUGCUGUAACCAUGGUGGGCUGUCUUAACUCAGUGCAAAACAUAUAGUUGUCGUUGUUGUGCGUGUGAUUGGUUUACAUUGCUAGUCACUUUUAGACAAAGCAAUGUGUUUAUGGCAUGCCAGUUUAAGGAAUUACUUCACAGCAAGAUAUCAGAAGCCAGAUAUAGACACAGUUAUUUAUUCUCGCAGUCAUUUACAUCCACACACUCACUCUCAGUACCAAACUGCCAAACCAACGCUAUUGCUACUGCUUUUUGUAUUGUUAUCUCUGUGGCCAAUUUAUAAGCCAUUAUUGUGUGUGUGUGUGUGUCUGUGUACGUAUGCGCGCGUGUGUGCGUGUGAAAGAGAAAAUCUGGAGUCCACUAUUUUAUGUAACCAGAGCGUUGGUGAAUGUCUUUGAGCCUCUUUUUACCCUCAGCUAUGAUUUAAAAUAUAAUAACAAUAUUCGCUUAAUACAAGUAGAUAGCUUAUUAAAUAAUGUUAUUGUUGCAUUAUCGCAAUUGUUUCAAAAUAUAAAGAAAAACGUAUUAUUUGGUGCCUGAUUGUAGCUCCACUUUACAUUUUUUUUGUUUUUAAUCUGUGGAUAAAUUCAUAUUUUAAUUAAAAAUUUUG